AUGACUCAGCCCGAGGGUGAAACUUCGAGGGGUCCGGGACCCCGCCUUCCCACUGAACUCUACAGGCAUAUCUUUCAGUAUGUCUCCUCCAAGCGGGACCUCUGCAAUCUGAGCGUCUUGUCCCGCGGCCUUCAGAACGAGGCUGAGUUCUUUAUCUACCACUCCGUCGAUUCUUCUCGUCGAGCACAUACCGAAUAUCUCUGCGACCUCAUUACGUCUUCGCCACACAGACACACGCUCGUUCGUUCGCUGAGUAUCUCCAACGAUGACGCGGGCGCCCGCGUUUCCGAGGCGAAGGACCGCGAAUAUUGGGAGCGCAUCGCACGGCUUCUGCACGACCUGCCGUACCUCGAGGAGCUCAAGAUCCACGACAAUAUGUCUGUCCCGACGGGGAACAAGAACGCUUGGGUGCUGUUGCGCGGCACGUUUUCGCUUCGCCACUUUGACUCCGACUUUGUCUUUGAUGAGAGCCUGCUUGAGUUCCUAUGCUCCCAGCGGUCACUAGAACGGCUGUACUGGAUAGAGAGCUUCUCGGACGACGACUCUGCGCGCGCUAUUGCCGACAUGGACAUCGUUGGGCCACACUCCGGCUCGAAGCUUGCACCCUCGGUUUCCGUCCUGAAUACGAACAGCCCGCGCUUUGCUCUGAAAUGCAUGUCCGCCGCGAUAUUGAGCCAUCUCUGGAUUUGCGGGCCGUGCGCCUACGAAGACGACGGCUGGAUGAACUAUGUUGCGCAGUUUGUGGAAAGCGGCGGUGCGAAGAGCCUGAAGUCGUUACGCAUGAACCUGCCGUAUCGGAAAUCAACCCUCGUUUCGGUGCUUGGUGCGCUUGUCAAGGGAGCGCCGGAGCUGCGCUCGUUGGGAUUUGUGCCCAUCUUCAACGCAUCUGACCGCGACCUCAUCGAUGUUCUCUCGCAAUUCAAGCACCUCCAUUCGCUAAUUACCUGGAAUGUCAUUGGCCGAGAAACAUCCCGCGCCGUCGCUCAAGCUUGUCCCUCGCUUCGCCUUGUCGCCGGCUUGCAUUACUCAUAUUCUCACGAGUACGUUAUUUUCCCUGUUAAUCCCUUAGGCACCCCAAGACCGCUGCACGACCCCGAAUACUUGUUGUGGAGAGGCGUCUAG